AGUGGCGGGGAACAACGACGUGUCUCACUAUGCGUCGCGUUGCUGCAUGACCCUGAAAUACUUCUUUUGGACGAACCAACGACCGGGAUUGACCCAGUUUUAAGAGAAAGGCGGCACAGCAAUGGGUUCCCCCAUAUCACCCAUUGUGGCAGAGCUGUUUUUACAAAUGCUUGAAAUGAAAAUUAUUCAUCAAAAUCGCGACAUCCGUUUUUGGAGAAGAUUUGUGGAUGACGCUUUCAUCAUUGCAAAAGGGAGAAAACUCAAGAGCAUCCUUGAUAAGCUAAACAAUUUCAACCCAGCAAUUGAAUUUACCUUGGAAGAAGAGAAAAAUGGAAAACUCGCAUUCUUAGACACCAUGCUAUAUGACAAAAUAGAUGGAAAAAUUGGACACUAUGUACACAGGAAGCCUACUCAUACUAACAAAUAUUUGGAUUACCAAUCUUUCCAUCCAAAUGCCCACAAGAUAAGCGUAUGUGACACGUUACUACGAAGAGCCAUAAUUCUAUGUGAUGAUGACCACGUGAACGAAGAGAUUGAAUUCGUAACAAACACACUGAAAUCAAAUGGAUACCCCAACAAAAUGAUCCAAAGAAGAUUACAAAUCGUAAAAGAAAAAAUUUCACACCCUCAAGAACCAAGUGAAAUACAAAAACGAGUAAUUUUACCAUGGGCAGGAAAACCAACAACCAGAAUUGCUCAAUUCUUACGUAGGAAACUAUCUUGGGAAAUUGGAUAUUAUCCUGGACAAAAAGUAUCAACAUUGGUACGUAAUAUGAAACAAAAAACAAUACCAUUAAAUACAGGAGUAUAUGAAUUUACUUGCUCGAAUUGUCCUAAAAAAUAUAUUGGAGAAAGUGGGCGAUGCAUAGAGAAACGUUUUUUAGAACACCAAAAUGACGUGAGAAGAUUAAACAUUAAAUCACCAAUUUUCCUCCACACCAUUGAAAACCAACAUCAAAUUGAUGCAACCUCGCUGAAAAUGAUCAUGAAAGAACCGAGGAAGUAUCAUAGAAAAUUUAAAGAAGCUAUAUUAAUCAGAAGCUCAAACAACAUCAUGAAUUCAUCCAAAGGAAUGAAUGUCAACCCUAUUUGGUGCGCAACACUUGUAAAUUUUUUAAAAUUUGGUCCAGUUACUUAGUUGCUAAUAUGUGCUCAUAUACAAAAUCACAAAAAUUGAUGUACAUACAUUAUUUCAUUUAAUUUAUCGGAUUUGUAAAGACCUGAUGAAGGAAUAAGUAUUCCG